GACCUUAGUAAAUUGAUAGUGUUCAUUUAAAAAUAUGGGGUUACAGGAUAACAGGAAGAAGAAAACUGUAGAUCGCGUAUGCAACUCUUAACUCGUUAGUGUCCGCAAUCCUCGAGAAACUAUUCAAGAGGAUUCGCGCAUACAGGUUUACGCUUUGUUAUCCGGUGUUCUUCAUGGUAUGUCUAUUCCUUUUUGGCAAAUAAUCCGUUCUACUACAGACAGCGACAUGUUAUGCGUUUCAGUUCACUGUACACUAUGCAACACGAUUGAAAGAGCCCCUAGAAAAUCAACAUACGAUAUAACAGAUGUAUUGCAUUUGAAGACUGUUCUCUUCGUGUUAUUAUACUGACACCAUUAUUGGAACGACUGUCUGAUUUUUGCUUCUGCUAUACCGCAUGGCCGCAUACAGCAGUAAGAAACGUUGAAUCGCUGUCAAAUUACUGAACCCAGUUCCAGGGACAUCAAAAUAUAAAGGCAAGAUGUAGAACAGACACAUACUUGUGGAUUUGCCUUGCGCUACUAUGUUGAAGUUCAUGAGUUCACCCAGUCUAACCGAUCUGGGCAACAGAGAUCAGACAGUGUUGGAUGAACGGGGAACCCAACAGCGACGUGCUGGAGCAAAUGCUACGUGGAACAGUAUCCAAGAUGGAGUAAUUUCAGUAUUUCAAAGAAAGGGUCUUCCUGAGACAGAGCUUUAUAAUCUAAAUGAGGGUGUAAGGCAGCUGCUGAAAACCGAACUUGGGUCAUUUUUCACUGAGUAUCUGCAGAACCAGUUACUUACAAAAGGCAUGGUUAUCCUGCGGGAUAAAAUUCGUUUUUAUGAAGGGCAGAAAUUACUUGAUACAUUAGCUGAAACAUGGGAUUUCUUCUUUACUGAUGUUCUACCAAUGCUUCAAGCCAUCUUCUGUCCUGUUCAGGGAAAGGAACCAUCAGUCCGACAGCUGGCUCUUCUGCAUUUUCGGAACAUUAUUACUCUUAACAUUAAGCUGGAAGAUGGUUUAUCCCGACCCCGAGCUCGGGUCCCUCCUUCUAUUGUCCAGAUGUUACUCAUACUGCAGGGAGUUCAUGAAUCAAAAGGAGCAACAGAGGAAUACUUAAAACUUGAGUCACUUUUACAGAGAGUUGUGUCUCCAUACCUCGGUACUUAUGGUGUUUAUACAGAUGAUGGACACUUGUCUAACUCCUGUUUUCUCGAAAAACGACUGCUCAGACGAUGCCCUAAAUCAGGAGACAUAGUGAUGAAGAACCCUGUUGUACGAUCUAAGAGCUACAACAAUCCACUGCUGACUCCAGUUGCAGAAUAUGACUCAGAGGGAGGCACAGGUAAUGGCAGUGGCAUAAGGAGGCACUCUGUGUCAGAAAUAACAACAUUCAUUGAAACUCACGGAUAUUCUAAUCUCACCACUAUAAUGGAUGCUGGUUCCAGAACCUCAAUGAUAGCAACAACCAAAAAUUACCAAGCUGGAGAACAUGAAGUUUCCAUAGUUGAGCGACCACAUUCAGGAAGAUCAAGUACCAGUGAGCAACAACCACAGAGACUACGCCACUGUCAAGACCCUUCGGAUGGCCAGAAUGCUGUUUUCAGAUUACACCAAGACUCAGCCUUGAUGGAAUCAUGCAGUCCAGAAAAUCUGCCAGGCCAGAUUUUAGAGUCAGUUGAGUCUGACUCUGGAGGGAUCUUCAUUGAUUUUAGUCAUAGCUGCUCAAUUUCUUCAAACUAUAACAGAGACAUGGGAAGUAAACAUAGCAUUGUUUAAAAAAAUAAUCUCUGAGGCUAAAUAUGUGUGGCUGACCUUCUGACUAGCCUGCAAGUUUGCAUUUCUAAUUAGUAAUCUAAAAUUCAGUAAUGUGUAAUGUAUGUGUGAAUGAUAAUAUGUUAACAGAUGAGAGUGCUACAGGCUUCAAAGAUACCAUAUUAGAGAUAAAAUUAAAAUCUAAAUUAUAAAGGUGGAAACAGAUGUUUAGAAAUGAGAUGGUGGUAUGUGUAUAUAUAUAUGUAUAUAU